UGGGGGCCGGAUGUCCCGGAGGCAGGGGAAUUGGGACUAAGGGAAUCUGGGGCGGUGGGAAAUCUCGUGAUUCCUGCAGAGCAGCAAGUGCGCAGGAGACUCGGCCAGAGGAGCUCCCUAGAAGCUCACGGAGGUGUUUCGCAGCCCAGACCUUGCCAGCGGCCGCGGGUCAGGAACACCACCAAGGCCUGAUGCCAAGCCACUCAGGCCGACUGGAGGAGAGAUAAACUAAGGCUGCAGGAGGUAAAGGAAUCGUGAGCGGCGCAGCUAAGCUGCUUGCCUGAGGUUGAACAGCCAAGAAGAGCAAGAGCAGGGACGUGAUCCAAUUCCGAUGGAUGCUGUUCCCCAGAGCCAGGUCCGCAGCCACUUACGUACCCGGAUGCCAAGCACCAUGUUGGCAGAGGGGAACUAAGGAUGAAUAAAUACAGGCUCUGCUCCGAGAGGCUCACACGUGGGGACAGAGCAGCCUCUCAUCCCAACCCAGAGACAGAUUUCUUCAGAUGUCGAAAACCAAGCUAAGGAAGAAGUUGGUAAAAGCUGAGGCAGUGAAAAAGGCCUCCCGGAGGAGGUGAGCCUCACCCACUAGAGCCGUGGAUGGAAGACGGCACGGCCCCUGGGGAUCCACACGGGAAGAGAAAUGCACCCACCGCCCUGGCGAAUUCCUGAAGACACACAGCUGCCCCUUACGUCUUGGUGCCCACUGGAGAAGGCUGGAGGAGCUCCACCAUUUCCUUCCGGAAGCAGCACCCCCCGCUCCAGCCCAAACCCCAGGCUAGGGCCCAGCACCCCAUCACCCCAGAGCCGUUCAGGCCAAGCUCUAGCUCGGGACGCCAGCCUUGGCCCCGGUGGAUUGAGAGGGGAGCCGUGGAGGCGCCCAGCCCCCAACCCCGGCUGGAGAAGGAGGCUGCAGCACACUUGGCGGAGCCGGCACGCGGACCUCGACCUUCCUGCAGUGCGGGAGGCUCACGCGUGCACCCACGCAGCUGGUACUGAGCACACCCACGGUGGGCGCUUGCCUUGGCGGCUUCUGCCGGGGGGGGGGGGGGAAUCCCCACGACUGGCCUGCACCUGGGACCCCGCCGCUCCUCUUCCAGCUGAGUGGCAGGAGCCCCCCACACACACCCCUAGAACCCCAGGUCAGGGUGGCAGCUGGCAGGAGAGAAGAAAGGGAAAAGAGAGGAGGGGCAGCUUCUCCAACACCUGUGAAGGGCCUUCGUUAUAUAUGCAAAUGUCCUCAUUAGAGAUGCGGAGGCCUCCCGGAGCUAACGGCUGCGGCUGCGAGCAGAAGGAGCGCGGGCGGCGGGGCAGGAGCAGGAGCAGGAGCGGUGCCAGCGCCCGAGCCCUCGUCCCCAGAGCCGCUCCUUGUCCUGGAGGCGCCACGGUGAGCCGCAGGCACCCGGCUUCACCCCCCAGCCUCACCGCGCCCCCCACCUCUGCAGCCACCAGGCCCCAAAGCCCCGGACCUCUGGGUCUCGGAGCAGGUGGCCCUGGUGCCCCACAGGACGCCGCCGGCCCAGCCUGCCACGGACACGGACACGGACACGUGCACACAGCCUGCUCCCGAGGCCUCCGUGGGAAACGCGGCCUCAGCCACAGAGCAAGGGGCCUGAGCCCAGCCCAGCCCCCGCAGCCCGCGGACGCCCCGCCAUACAGCAGCCGCUCCUCGGGCCUCGCAGCCUCACUGCUGCCAACAUGGUACCAGGCGCACCCCCCACCGAAAUCACCCUCCUCACCCCGGGGCGCCCCUGGCCUGUGCCUGGCGACCCGCCCUCAGACACACACCCGCACCCGGACCGUCCUGCCGGCCGCUGCUGUCCUUGAGCACCCACGUCAUCCCAUUUUGGGGACACGCUCCGCAGAGACCUCGCCUGCCCUACCCCCCACCUCUCCUUUCUUCACUUCUCCCUCCCCUUCCCGCCCUCCUCCCUGGGCACCCGUUUGCCAGGGUUAUUUAUAGAAGCAAGCGAUAAAUUCAGUGUGUUUCUCGGCGCGCAAAGCUAUAAAUAAUGGCACAGAUCAUUAAACCCCGAGAGCAGGCCCAGCCGCCCCACAAACAAGAUGAAGUACAAACCACCACGUGAGAGGGAGAGAGGGAGGCGCCAGGCAGAGCCCUGGACCCGGGCCGGUGGGCUCCCGCCUGCACCCUGCAGCCCCGUCCCAGGGGGCCUGGCCAGGCGGGCGCUCCGGGAGUGGGGACAGCCAGCCGGAGUGGGGACAGCCAGCCGGGCCAGGUCUGCGGGCUGGUGGGCAGGGCUCACCCCGCCACCUGCCCCCUUCGCCCUCUCUCCCCCCUCCGCCUCCCUCCCACCCCCUCGCUGGGUUUUCAUCCUUCCUCUGUCUUCUGCACACAGGCUGUGCCCCUUUCCCCGUCCCAUCUCCCCUACCUUCUGCCCACACCCCUCCCUCUCCACCCAGCAUCCUGCGCAGCCUUCCUCCCCUCACCCCAAGUCCCCGGGCUGCAGGAGGGGCCCUGAUCCCACCAAGGAGCCCUCAGAGGCAGAAAGUCCCCCGUCAG